GGCAGAAAGCCCAAGCUAUCUGGCCGGGCCAAGGUCAAUAUGAAAUCGCUCAAGAGAAAACGAGAUAUUGAAGAUCAUGAGAGACUGGAGAGAGCUGUCGAGGAGCUCGAUAUCAAAGCAGAAAUAAAGGACUUUUCUGACCUACCUCUAUCACAACCUACCGCCUCUGGUCUCGAGGCUUCACACUUCAAAACUCUUACGGACAUACAAUCCAAAGCCAUACCACUUGCGCUGAAAGGCCGCGACAUAUUGGGAGCAGCGAAAACUGGGAGUGGAAAGACUUUGGCAUUUUUGGUUCCAGUGCUGGAGAACUUAUACAGGGCAAGGUGGACCGAAUUAGAUGGCUUGGGGGCUCUCAUUAUAUCACCGACCCGAGAACUGGCCAUCCAGAUAUUCGAGGUCCUACGAAAGAUUGGCCGGUAUCAUACAUUCUCAGCGGCACUGGUUAUAGGCGGGGGAGAUCUAAAGGAACAGAAAGAACGGUUGGGACGCAUGAACAUCCUUGUCUGUACGCCUGGAAGAAUGCUGCAGCAUAUGGAUCAGACGGUGGCCUUCGAAGUUGGUAACUUGAAAAUGUUAGUGCUCGACGAGGCCGAUCGGAUCAUGGAUAUGGGAUUUCAGUCAUCAGUGGACGCGAUAAUCGAACAUCUGCCAAAAGAGAGACAGACAAUGCUUUUCAGCGCAACACAAACAAAGAAGGUCUCGGACCUAGCGAGGUUAAGUCUACGGGACCCAGAAUAUGUAGCGGUGCAUGAGGCUGCUUCGAGCUCAACUCCUACAACCUUGCAACAAUACUACGUCGUUGUUCCCCUUUCCAAGAAGCUGGACACCCUAUUUGGAUUUAUCCGGGCCAAUCUGAAGUCCAAGAUCAUCGUUUUCUUUUCAUCUGCGAAGCAAGUACGAUUUGUGUACGAAAGCUUCCGACAUCUUCAGCCAGGAAUUCCAUUGCUGCAUCUUCACGGCAGACAAAAGCUCUCGGCCAGAUUGGAUAUCACUUCUUCAUUUUCAGCCGCAAAGAACUCAUGCAUCUUUGCCACGGAUGUCGUUGCUCGAGGACUCGAUUUCCCUGCUGUCGACUGGGUCGUUCAGUUAGAUUGCCCAGAAGAUGCGGACACUUACAUUCACCGAGUUGGGCGAACUGCGCGCUCUGAAAAGCCUGGAAAAGCAGUCAUCAUCUUAGAUCCCAGCGAAGAGGAGGGCAUGUUAAAACGCCUGGAGCAUAAGAAAGUGCCUAUCAAGCAGAUCAAUAUUCGAAAACAAAAAGAACAGUCAAUUGGAGCACAGCUACAGAAACUGUGUUUUCAAGACCCUGAGCUCAAGUAUCUUGCCAAGAAGGCGUUUGAAAGUUAUACAAAAUCUCUGUGGCUUCAGAAGGACAAGGAGAUCUUCAAUAUAGAUAAGUACGAUUUGGAGGGGUUCCAUGCCAGCAUGGGACUUCCCGGCGCUCCGAAGAUCAAAUUUCGAAAGGGGGUUGACGUAAAGAAGCUGAAGAACGCUCCAAGAGGAGACGAUGAUGAGGAAGAACAAGCCAAGAAGCCAGAAGUACGGACGAAAUACGACCGAAUGUUUGAACGUCGUAAUCAAGACGUACUUUCUAGUCACUACUCUAAGACGAUCGCGGACGACGAUCCCGAAGAUGCAGGUUCGCAUGCGGAUGCGGAUGAAGACAACGAUUUCCUGUCAGUGAAGAGGGUUCACCAGGUAGACGAAGAGAGUAGCAGCUCAGAAAAGGAGGAGGAUGUCGCAGCGACUGGACCCGCAGCAAAGGUCAUACCUGGCAUUGGUAAAGAACCGAUUGUAAUCGACUCAAAACGGCGAGAGAAGCUACUCAAGUCGAAGAAAAAACUGCUGAAACUCAAAGAGAAGGGGGUCAAACUGGUGUACGAUGACGACGGAGUACCACAUCAAGUCUACGAGCUUGAAGAUGAAGAGGACUUCAAGAAACGCGGUUCAGCUGCUGAGCAACGAGCCAAAUUCUUGGAAGAGGAGGCAGCGAGAAUUCGCGAGGCGGAUCUUGAUGAUAAGCAGCUCGCGAAGCAGAAGAGAAGAGAGAAGCGGGAGAAGAAGAAGGCUCGAGAAGCAGCGGAGAGGAGGGGUGAGACCCUUGAAGAAGCCCCGCGCCUGGCGGAAGCUGGAGAAGAUGAGGAGGAUCCAAUGGCUCUGCUUGCCUCAUUACCCCUACCCGAGGACGAGGACGAGGAUGAGGAAGAAGAGGAGCGGCCGACGAAGAGGCCCAAGAAGUGGUUUGAGGAUGCGUCCGAGGAUGAGAAGGAGGGCGCUAAGAAGAGGAAAGGCAAAGGCCGGGUUAUUGAAGCAGCAGAUGAGCCAGAGACAUUGGAGGAUCUUGAGGCACUUGCCGCAGGUCUCCUUAAUUGACAUAGUUAGUGUGUCUGUGGUAGAAAUAAAACCAGACAAAAUAUUAAAGACACUACCCGCAAGUUCUCAUCCC